AUGAAGACCUCCCUGAUCCCAUUUGGUGUCCUCUUGGGGCUGGUCUCGGCCCAGAAUGCUGUCGUGAACAACCACUGUGACACCACCGUGUAUGUGCAGUCGUUCCCUUACGAUGGCAGCGCCCCAGGCCCUCUCACCACCGUUCCCCACGGGGGAACUUUCUCCGAAGCUUUUAGAGCAUCAGGCUCGACCGUCAAGAUCUCCAAGACAAAGACGCUGAAUCAACCUCUCUUCUUUGGCUAUUCGUUCUCGUCAAACCCGGACUACGCAUACUAUGAACUGAGCACGGAAUGGGGCAACCCCUUCGCAGCGUAUCCAAACUCGCUCAGUCCUGGGGACGGCUGUGAGGUCUUUGACUGUGCCGCCAAUGAUGCCGGCUGCUACAAUCAAAGUCUGACCUAA